AUGUUCGAAAAUUUCGACAAAAUAAACACCCGAAAGUGUUAUUUGCACGCCAACUUGCAAUCUGAACUCGUUUAACCACCCAGUGAUGACCAAAGUGCACUAAUUGAGAAUAUAUUCACAUCGAUUUGAAUUUACCGCCCGAAAAUGACAUAAUCGUCGCUUGUCAAAACAUAACCUACAAAAAUUCAAAAUAAACCCUCCCGAUGCCUCGAAACUCGCCCGAUGGCCGAACUAACCACCAUCAAAUCCUUCUUCACCUCCAUCCAAGUCCACUUCUCCGACAUGUGGCUCGAAAGCUGCAUCCACUGGUGCAAAACCGAGACCCUCUCCCCCAACUACACCCCCAAAGAGCUCCAAUCCAAAGUGUACGAACAGUGGCUCUUGCUCGACCUACGCGACGUGGAAGUGGCCGUCCUGCCGCCGCACCUCUCCACCAAGCAGCACUACACCCUCACCGGGAACUUCUGUCUGCAGAUGAUGCAAAUCGUGGACAUAUCUAAGCCCAAGCUGUGGCAGCUGCAGAAAAUCCGCAACAGCAACGCUCUGACGAGAGGAACUCAGCAAGACUCGGACAUCGCGGGCACGGGGAAACGCCUUCUGCAGAUGACCCUCACCGACGGGGUGCAAGAAAUCGAGGCCAUGGAGUACCGACCCGUGCCGACUUUGAGACUCAAUUUGGCCCCCGGGACGAAGAUGAGGGUCAUGGGGCCCGUGGUGGUGCGUCGGGGGCGGUUGAUGCUUGAGCAACAAAACGUGAAGGUGCUGGGGGGCGAAGUGGAGGAGUUGCUGGUGGCGAACGCGUCUGAAAAUGUGCUAGCGCGGGCGCUGAAGCUGCCGUUGAACCCCAAUCCGGGGGCCAUCGAGGAGAGGUUGCUCGCGGUGGAGAAAGAGGAGAAGGAUGAGGGGUAUUUGCAGGUGAAGAACGUGAAACCACAGGUGCUAAGACAGAAAGUGGCGGUAGACACAAUGGAGGGGGAUUUGACUGCAGAGGAGAUCGAGAUGUUAUUGGAGGCGGAAGCUGAGUUUGAUCAAACAAGGAGGGAUGAUAAUAGAACUCCAGACUUGUUUGACGAGGGCGGUUUUAGUAGGAGUCGUACGUCGACACAAGUGGCCCCCAUGUCGCUUGACGACGACGACGACGUCUUCAACGACAUAGACAUUGACGCUCAUUUAGACCAAGUGGAAAGUGCGCCAGUGGCGGGACCUAGCGUAAUCACAAUAGCCAAACUUAUACAAAACAAAAACAAUAUAAGUAAAGGUGUGUUUAGAAUCCGCGCGAAAUUCAAAUCGGUCGAAGAAAAACUAACCGUGAGCGACGGGGAGUACAAAUUAGUCAUAAAAGUUGAGGAUGCGAGUGGGGAUUUGGUGGUUCGCGUGCACAGUGACGUCAUUUCUGAGUUCGCGGAGUGCACCCCCACUUCAAUAAUGAGUCUGAAGAGUAACGUGUUGGGUAAAAACAAAGAAGCGAUAGAAAAAAUGAUGCAGACUAUAGUGAAAGUCAAGGAUAAACUCCUGGUUCUAGACAACAUCCUCGUCGUCCAAAUCGAAAAAGACAAAACCCCAGUCAUCACAAAAAUCCUGUAGCGAGCGAAGCGAGCUUCACCAAUAAACCCUCAAUCUGAA